GCCCGGCGCCGGGUUUCAGUUUCGCUUCUCAGCUGUCAGGUAGCGGAGACUCCAAACCUGUGGCCUCCAGAACGUCAGCCGGCACCGUGCUCCCCUGCCUGGUGCUGCCCGGGCCCUGGCUCCGCGGCCCCGCUACCAACAGCAUGUCCCGGGACGGUGGUGAGGACGGGUGGACGUCCCAGUAUGACUCUACCUGGGAAGAUGAGGAGGAGGAGGACGGGAGGAAGGAGGAGAGAGCUCGGGAGCCGAGGACGCAGCCCCGGCAUAACUACCCUCGGCGGUGGAGGAACAGAGCAGCCAGAGACCUGCAGUGCUACAGACAUGGUUACAGGGGCGAACUUUCAAGCGACCAGCCUUGCAUGGGAGAAAAUUCUAGAACAAUGCCCAACCUGGACUUCUACCAGAACAAGAAGUGUUUUGAGCCAAAUGGUUUGUAUAUUGAAGAGUUGCUCAGUGAAUGGAAGGAAGAUUACAACACUCUAGAGCGAAACCAUUCUUACAUCCAGUGGCUGUUUCCACUACGGGAAUUUGGGAUGAACUCUUAUGCCAAACCGCUGACCCUGCAUGAGAUCAAGAUGAUGAUGGAGGAUAAGGCCGUCAUGGCAAGGUUUCUUGAAGCGUACAAACUUAUGCUAGGCUUUUACGGUAUCAAACUGGUGAACGAGGAGACAGGAGAAGUGGCGCGGGCAGAGAACUGGGAGGACAGAUUUAAGAACCUGAAUUAUCACAGCCACAACAACCUGCGGAUUACCAGGAUACUGAAGUGUUUGGGGGAGAUGGGCUAUAAUCACUUCCAGGCUCCUCUGGUCAAGUUUUUUCUAGAGGAGACCUUAUUGAGAGACAAAUUACCCAAUGUGAAAAGGAGCGUAUUGGACUAUUUCAUGUUCGCCGUGAAGGAUAAGCACGAGCGCAGGAAGCUGGUGCAUUUUGCUUGGGAGAACUACAAGUCAAAUAAUCACCAAGACAAGUUUAUCUGGGGACCUGUGGAGAAGCUAAAACAUUUCCAUCUACGGGAACAGAAUGCCAUGAAUGCAGGCUCAGAGGAGCUAAGAGAUGACGCAGAAAAGAAUACAGUUUCAAAGACUUACAAGAACCAGGAAAAACAGUUUAUAAAAUUCUCUGAGUCUAGUAGAGCCAGAGGUGAUAAGGUUACGGCAAGUCAGCAUGGCUCCAAGGUGGAAAAAGCCACCGGCAAUGAGUUGAUACCUAUGAAGGACAGAGCUGCCUUUCCUGAGAACAGUACCAAUCAUAACACAGAGACCAGUCCUGACCAAAGCACUCCACUCUUCAAGGACUCCAAUUCCAUCAUUGGUCUAGAAAAAGACAACAUACAGGAAAUAAAGCAUGUUGAAAAAAAAGAAGAGCGCGUUGACUAUGAGAACGCCAAAGAAGACUCGAAUAUAGAGGACCUAACAAAGAAAGUCCGUAAGGAGGAAGUCAUCAAGAAGAUCAAGGAUGACCAAGAAGGUGCAUUGGAAUUCAAUGGACUCUCUAACUGUGGAGAUAUCCAGAAUGAAAAUAAACAUCACCAGGGAGAACAUCAAAGGAAAAGAAAGAUGCAAGUCCAUAGCCCCAUAAGCCCUCUGGCUGACGGCUGUGCUUCUGGAGACGGCACCCAGUCCAGUCAUAAUGCAAGUCCUUCUCAAGCUGUAGACGAAGUAGGUCAAGUAGAGGGCGUGGAAGACGAGGUGAAGAAGCUCAAACUGGUGGAGAGAGCAGCCACAGAUUGUCCUAACGGGAGGGAAGAGAAAAGCUACCCUCAUGACACCACUCCUGGAGAAAGAGCGAUAAUUCACUUAUAGAAUGUACCUUAAAUGAACAUGAUGAGUAGUGAGAUGGGAAUCUCCAGUAGGUUCUAGAUUAGAAUGAGUCCAGUGUGGUGCUGGGUAGUGGCACAGAGGCAGGUCAGCCUCUGGCAGGGGGAACAGUCGACAUUACCAACCCCUAUGUAGACCAGCAUGGGUUGUGGAAGAUCUUCAGGUUCAGGUGUAAUGUUGUCCAUGGUCCCGUCCUGUCAUCUGAUAGAGGAAGUGCUAAGAGAUUCGGGCUCUUGUCUGUCCUCUCUGCCGCCUUAAUUGCACAUCCUGGCAGGACGGCGCCACCAGAAAUGCUUGUUUUUUGUUUUUUUCCAGUAUGAUCCAUGUUUCUUGACUGAAGAGAGAACUUUUAUGACCUCCUCCCUCCUAGCUUUUCUGACAGCAGAGACAAUGUGGAAUCGUUUUCUUUAUAUCGGUGCUAGUAGGUAAUUUUGCAGUCGUAUUUCAGUAACUUGCUGAUCAUCAAAAUGUUCAAUUUAUCAGGAAAAAUUUCAAAACAUUCUUUCUAGAUAUACAGUAUUUAUGUAUGGUAUUGUGACUGCGGAUAGGUUGUUUAUUUAAUGAGAAAUAGUUUCAUUUGAUGUAAACUCAAGCAGUCUGCAGCUCUCUUGAGGGGUGGCUGUUUUGUUUUAUAUGCCCCUUAAAGGUAAAAGAAUACCAGUAAAUGAAAGUCUGUGAGUCGCCCCGUUCGGUUGUGAAAAAAUUCCCUGUCUGGAAAAGCUGGUGAUAUCCAGUGGGCACAGAUUUAGAGAUCCUACUGGAGUUGUCACUCAUCUUUACAGGCAGGUUUGCUGACUAGGAGUCUUGUAAAGCUAGGUGGAAGCCAUAAUGAAGGUCACCCAGAUAGUCACCUAGCUUUUCCCAAAAAAUACAAUUUGGUAUGGAGAAGAGAGCAACUCAAAAACUUAAAGAGCACCUUUCAUGGAAUUUUUUAUGUUUUGUCUAAUUUAAGUACCUUUUAUUUGCGGGAUGCCCUGCCCUGAUGCUGUCAUUUUUGUUCUUUUUUUCAAAUACCCCUCGCUUGUCCCGCUGUGCCCCCCUGCAGUUUUGCGCCCAGUAUGUUAAUACUGAGCAUCGGGUACAGGGAGGCAGCUUUUCUCCUUGGCUGUGCCGCUUUCCAAUCGCAACGUGUCACAGCCAGGGAGAAGGUGAGCUGUUUUCUCUCCCUGGCUGUGACGCGCUCCGCUACAAUUGGACCGCGGCACAGCCAAGGAGAAGGAGACGCCCACUGAGAAACAUGGCCGUCUCCUCCUCCCUGUAUCGAUGCUCAUACUGGGCGUGAAAACUGCAGGGGGGCAAGCAAGAGGUAUUUGGAAAAAAAAUAACAAGGAUGACAGCAUCAGCUGAGGGUAUCCUGCAAUUAAAGGUACUUCAUUAAGCAAAAAAAUUCCAUGAAAGGUCCUCUUUAAGGGACUUUUUCCUUUAUAUAUCUUGCACCAUAUUCCCAUUACUUAUUUAAACACAAAUCUCUAUGCGAAAUGACCCAUGUAAUUUCUAGAUCCCAAAUUCUGUUAUGAUUUAUUACAUAAUAUAUUUUGUAGCCGUAAGAUCUCCUUUUCCAGCUGCCUGCAGCCACCACUAGAGGGAGCCUUUUGGAAACUGGUUUAUUAUUGAGUUCAAUGUGUAAACAAUAUACAAGUGGUGACUGCAGGCGAGCACAACAUUAGCAUGACUUCAUGGCGAUACAGGGGAUUCGGAGCUCUGACCACACUAAAGAUGUAUUAAGAAAUUAAUCAGGCCAGAAUUCUGGACCUAUUUAAAUAGUUCAAGUGUGGACAUUCCCUUUAAGCAAGUGUUGGCAGUGACCAUGAAAACAGAGAUGUGGUGAGCAUAGCACAGACCGCACUGAUCCUGCUGGACAUGUUAGCCACAGGAGGCUUGGAAGUCAUUCAGAAAUGCCUGGUUACAAAUAUGAAUUGUCAAAGAUAAGAGGGAAGGGUGGGACCUUUUUAAUGAACAUGACAUUUGCCAGAAAUUUCCAUAGAUUUGUAUAAUACCUUUAUGUGGAUGGGAUUAUGUUUUGCUUUGUUUGUAAAUUGAAGGAAAAAAAAAAGAAAUAAAAAAAGAUUUUGAGG